AUGCUUGAUCACGUUCUGGGUCGACCGUCGGUCAAGUCGCGCCGGCUCCAAGUACUGGCCGUGCUGGUUUUUUGGCUGACAUAUCUCGCGCGUGGCAACAAGAAUGGCCCUCUGGGCACACGAACACUCUCCCGGCUCCUCUCGAAGAAGUUGACGGCCUGGCAAAUGGUCGUGCUCACGAUGACGUACCUUUACACGGCCCGCAACUUCAGCACUCUUGUUGGCCUCGCGAGCCCCGACCCUUUGUCAAACAUGUACGAUGCGACCUUUUUCCGCGCGACGUGGGUCUUGACAGCGCUGGACGCCGGUUUCUGGACGGCGAUGAAGAUACGCUCCCGCUGGCUGCGUGAUAUUGCCGGAAUUGUCUUCUCGGGCUUCUACCUCGUGGCAGCCGAGCAGGCCGACGAAAAGGUGCGCAAGGUGCGCGGCAACCUGACGGUGGAGCACCUUCGUGUCAGCUGGAACAAGGGAACAACACCGUACCUGAACUUUAUCCAGGGCCUCACGCGGCCUCGGCUGACGCGCUGGCCACCACGAUACAUCCGCAUUCCCCGGCCGGCGACAAGCGACUACAAGGAUCAGCCGGUGAUGGCCUGGCUCUACUACGACGGGUCGAUCGACCACCUGCGGGCAUCUGGUAUAAACCGUGUCAUCCUCGACAUUCCUGGCGGGGGCUUUGUUGCCAUGGAUCCGCGCUGCAACGACGACCGACUCUUCACCUGGGCCGUCCAUACGGGGCUUCCGGUCUUGAGUCUGGAUUACAGAAAAGCACCGGAGCACCCGUUUCCUUAUGCGCUGUACGAGUGCUAUGAUGUAUAUUCGACGCUGGUCAACACGCGUGGUCGUUGCAUUGGAAUGGCUGGCAAGGAACCUGCGCAUAUCGUAAUGUCGGGCGACAGUGCUGGGGGCAAUUUGGCGACGGCGACGACGCUGAUGAUAGCGCAAUCUGCGCCGACACUCCUGUCGAUGCAUGAAAGAAAGGAUGCAGGCAAUGGACAGGAGCAGGAGCAGGACCAACAACAGCUUCCGCUUCCCGAGGGAUUGAUCUUGACGUAUCCGGCCCUGGACAUGAACAUUGGCAGCUGGAUGUCGGACGAGCAGAUGGCCCUUAUCCAGGACAGACGCAUGCGGGCGACGAACAAGAAUGUGAUCCGCCGCAAGACCAGCCAAUACAACGACAUCGCAGGGACACCGCACGAGUCUGGCGACGAAGCAUUAGUCAUGACGAGCAUGGCGAGGGCGGAGGCCGACGGUAGCGACGGCGAUGACGAUGACAGUUCGGAGGAUGAUGAGGAGAAAGCACAGUCUCAGGGAGAAGAUGCGCGGAGACCCAAGCCGGCGUAUUCACAUGUCAACAUGGCGAAGUUUGGAAAGACAUUGCAGGCGCGGCCACGCACACCCCGAGGUGACGCCUCAUCGACCUCUGGAGGGGUGCAGCCGAUCACACCGAUGGAGUCGACACUGUUGGUGGCAGGACCGGUGCCAGCGCCGGCUUUGCAGACGCGGCUGACGACGUCGUCGACGAUCUCGUACUUCAACGACCGGGUGCUGACGCCGGAGAUGAUGCGGGCAAUGAUCAUUCUGUACGUGGGACCACACAGCCGGCCAGACUUUGCGCGAGACUACCUGCUGUCGCCGAUCCUGGCGCCAGACCUGCUGCUGGCGCGGUUUCCCAAGACAUACUUUCUGACGGGCGAGCGCGAUCCGUUGGUGGACGACACGGUGAUCUUUGCGGGACGACUACGGCGGAUCCAGGCGGCGCUCUGUGCGUCAGGCGGACGGCGGCUCGAGUACCGCGAGUCGGACGCAGACGUGCUGGCCAAGAUGGGCUUUGACGAUCGCGACGUGGCUGAGGUUGUGCUGGUGCCCGGUGUGAGCCACGGAUUUCUGCAAUUUCCGGCCAUCUACCCGCCAGCCAGAGGAUGGUUUGAGCGGACAGCUCACUGGAUCGAGGACGUGUUUAAGCACGCAGAGACAAGACGGGCCAGCUCGGGUCUGUCGGCAGUCCGUGGACGCGGACGCGGACGUGGCCGCGUCCAUGCGGAAAGGGGAGACAAGGCAGGAAAGGUAGAAAAGGCAGGACAGACAGGGCAGGUGGAAACGGUGCAGACAGUUCCGAACGUCACAGGUGGAAACGGCAGCGGCACGCACGCAAAGACAGAGUCGAGCGGAGACGACGAGGGCCCGCUCGAGAUGAUGCGCAUGACCAAGGCCAAGGGACCGGCCAAGACGGACAACAGCAAUGGCGGAGGAUCACCAGCUCCGGAAGAGGAGCAGCCGUUCCGGGAGAGUUCGACGACGUUGGUGGAGGGGACGAAUGCCGGUAGCGCUUCGACAAAGAAGAAGCGAGGGAAAACGGCGAGACCACGAGGAGGCAGCAGCAGCAGCAACGGCGACAGAGAGCUGGUGAAGCUGGCCAGCUCAGACGAUCUGUUGGGACGACGGAUGCAGGGCAUUGUGGGGGGACUGACGGGGGUCACAGAGGAGUAG